GAUUACUCUUACUGCAAUAUGGCCCAUCAACUUUCUUCAUUGCCGACUAAAAUGUCUAUAUAUGGAUUCUUGCAUCUUCAUUUCUACACCGACAACAUACAAAACAUUGUUGUAUAGCAUAUCUCAAUCAUCUCAUCUCUCUCAUUUCUCUCUCGCUACACAUCUGCAACCACACUAGUUCCCGGAAAUAUGGAUUUUAAUUUAGUUAUGAUCGGUGUCUUGUGCAUACUUCUUGCUUUCACUUUCCUCUCAAUUCGAAGAAUUAGAGACAAAGCUGCUCAAAAAUUACCACCAGGACCUUACCCCUUGCCGAUUAUUGGAAACAUACACAAACUCGGAGAGCACCCCCACAAAUCCUUAACCAAACUCGCUCAAGUUUACGGCCCAAUCAUGCGUUUAAAACUAGGCCACAUGACUUCCAUAGUCAUUUCUUCAUCAAGCACGGCUCGACAAGUCCUCCGAAAGCAAGACAUCGCCUUCUCCAAUCGGCCUCACCCCGAUGCCAUACGCGCUCUCGACCAUAACAAGUACUCUGCUGUAUGGUUGCCUGUUGGGACUCGCUGGAGGAGCCUAAGAAAAAUUAUGGGCUCGAAUAUUUUUACGGCUACCAAACUUGAUGCUAAUCAGCAUCUGCGGAGCCAGAAGAUGCAUGAUCUUAUUAGGUACUGUGAGAAGUGUAGUCAGCGUGGGGAAGCGGUAGAUAUUGGUGGCGCUGCGUUUCUGACUUCGCUUAAUCUUAUGUCGAAUACUAUAUUUUCCAAGGAUAUGGUAGAUUCUUAUGAGGAUGCAGAGGGUAAAGUGUUCAGGGACUUGGUGUGGAAUACUAUGGUUGAGAUUGGCAAGCCUAAUUUGGUGGAUUACUUUCCUGUUCUUCGGUGGAUGGAUCCGCAGGGUAUAAAGCGGCGAUUGGGUUCUCAUUUUGCGAACCUGAUCAAGUUCUUUGAUGUUAUGGUGGAUGAGCGUUUGGAGCAGAGGAGGCCAGGAUAUCGCGGUGAAAACAAAAGUUCAGUGGAUGUGCUUGACGAACUUCUGAAAUUACAAGAAUCAAACGAGAUUGAUAAAUCACACAUCCAACACAUGUUUGUGGAUUUAUUUGGUGCAGGAACAGAUACAUCUUCAAGUACAGUGGAAUGGGCGAUGUCUGAAAUAUUAAGGAAUCGGGGAACAAUAUUGGUGAAGGCCAAAGCUGAGCUUGACCGAGUGAUUGGAAAAGGCAAGAUCAUAGAAGAAGCAGAUGUUUCUAGUUUGGAUUAUCUGAGAUGUAUUGUGAAAGAAACUCUGAGGUUACACCCACCAGCCCCCUUGUUGGUACCGCGCCAAGUGCAAGAGGAAGUUGAACUCUGUGGCUACACUGUUCCAAAGAAUUCACAAGUGCUGGUCAAUGCAUGGGCUAUUGGACGUGAUCCUAUGUUAUGGGAAGAUCCCUUGUCUUUUCAACCGGAGAGGUUCAUGAACUCUGAAAUUGAUGUCAAUGGUCAUGGUUACGAGCUGAUUCCAUUUGGUGGAGGACGAAGGAUAUGUCCUGGAAUGCCAUUGGCCAUGAGGAUGGUGCCAAUUAUGUUAGGCUCCCUCUUAAAUUGUUUUGAAUGGGAACUUGAAGGUGGGAUUGCACCAGAGGAUUUAAACAUGGAGGAUAAGUUUGGGCUCACCUUAGCAAAGCUUUAUCCACUUCGUCUUGUAGCAACUCCAGUUGUUCCCUAAGAUUGUUGAGGCGAUGAGCUCAUGCAGUUGGGUUUUAAUUUUAUAGUAGAAUCAUAUUAAUGUAUGUUAUCUCAAGAACAAAAACUUAUUAUUGAAUCAGGAGUUAAUUGGAAA